UGUUGUUUUAAAGCCAGGCGAGAGAGAGGGAGAACCGGCAGUUCAACUCCACUCCUGCCGAUGCAUCGCCACCACCAGUUCGCUCCCAUGCACACGCGUCUUUGAAGAUCACCCGUCACCUCCACACACGCACACGCUCUCUCUCUCUCUCGCAAGCGCAGCAGCAGCCGCUAGGUUCGAUCUCUUGCUUCCUCCAGGACCGACGACGAAACAUUUAAGCGGGUAAAGAAACGAGGAGCAGGGCCUCAUCAGGGAGAGAGGGAGAGAGAGAGCGACUACGACGAUCGGUAGUCCCUCCAGCAACCCUUUUGUUUCCUUGCUCUCGAUCGAUGUUCGGUUGAUGCCGCCACGUCGUCUCCUCUCGGGUCCCCUGCCAGUUUCUUCUGGGGCUCUCUGAUGUAUCAUGAGCCCCUUUUGUCUGCAUUCGUGAGAUCGAAUUAAAUUCAGGACGUUGGAGUAAAACGGGAGUAAAAUUGCAGUUGAAAAGUGGACAAAAUAGGGAAGAAGAUAAAAGAGCUAGAAUUGAAAGCUAGUAGCCCCCCCCCCCUCAAAGGAUCCAAGAAAGUACAAGCUUUUUCCCUUCUCUCUCGACUUAUUUUUUUCUUCUUCUGCUAUUCGUCAUUAAUUUGGCCAGAUUCUUCUGCUGCUGCUGUUGCUGCUUGAUGCAUGCCCGUUGGGUCCCUUUUCAUGUCGGCUCUCUAAACCGCCGAGAGGAAAUCAUAGCCUUCUUUGCGGGGUUUUCUUUUCCUUUCCCUUUGGCUUAUUUACUGUGCAGAGAUACGGAGGCAACUGAGAGUUAGCGGCCAUAGAGAGAGAGAGAGAGAGAGAGGGAGGGAGGGAGGGAGGGAGGGAGAGAGAAUACAUCAGUUUUCAUGGAGUCCUAUCUGGGCUUUGCUUGUGGAUUCUGGGUUCUUGAGAAAAUGGUGAUUUUGACCGUACCACAACCCAUUGUUUCCUCCUUUCUCUAGCACCUAAUUCUUCCAAAAGAAGGAAAAAAAUCAGAACUUUCUUUCUUUGCUUUCUAGUGGAGCAUAAAGAUGAUUCCGGUCUUUCCCAGUUGGAAUAAUCUAUGCCUGUGGAAGUUCGUGGCCAAAAACCAAGUCUUUUCAGGUAUAUUUCUUCUUUUGCAGUGAGGUAAAGAGUUAUGCUGAGGAAGAGAUCGAGACGCACGGCACCAUCACCAUCAACAACGGCAGCAACGAAGCAAGCUUUGAUGGCUGACUAUGGCUGCCUUCCUUCUUCAACGGGAAAAAGCAGAGGAGGAAGCCCGACUCCGGCUUUCCUCCCCUAUCCAAAAGUAUUCACCAGCAACAUCACCGUCAAGUGUGAGAUGGAGUCCAUCAUGAGCCCGACUUCGAUACUCGACGCCAAGCCAUUUUCCCACUUGAAGAGCUCGUUCUGUUCAGACGCUAACUCUCCUAGAAUCUCGGAACCCAAGAGCAUUGGCCUAGCCAUUGUGGAUGCUCUCAGAGAUGAUAAUUGCUCUAAACUCGAUUCACGCAAACCUGAGAACUUGACUGUACUGUUUGGCUCUCAGCUCAAGAUUCAACUCCCAAAAGCCCCCACCGAUUUUGGCAUCAAAACAAGAAACUCCCAACUGGGCUUUUUGUCCCCAAGCGUGGGUCACUCUCCUGCAGCAAAUAAGCAGGAGGCGGCAAUUAGACCCCCUCCUCCUGGUGGGGUUGUUUUGGCUGGUUCGAUUUCAGCCAGUGAGAUGGAGCUCUCGGAGGACUACACUUGCGUGAUCUCCCAUGGGCCGAACCCGAAGACGACACACAUAUUUGACGACUGCAUUUUGGAGAGCUGCUGUGGUUCUAUACAGUUAUCAGAAUCGGAUUGUGGGAAGGACAAUGGGUUGUUUCUGGGGGACCAUUGUAGGUUUCCUUCUGAGAGUUUCCUUAGCUUCUGUUACACUUGCAAGAAGAAUCUUGGAGAUGGAGAGGACAUUUACAUUUACAGGGGGGAGAAAGCGUUCUGCAGUGGCGAAUGCAGAACGCAGCAGAUAGAGCUCGAAGAGGGCAUGGAAACUUAAGUCUCCGUUGGGCUAGGCGAUUCCUCAUGUUUUCAAGCUACCCGCUGUUUCUCCUCCUCCUUUUCUUUGCUCAGUUUUUUGAAGUCUUAGAGCUUUGGAAGAAGAGUCCCCACCCGUUCCCUGUCAAAUUUUGCCUUCCCUUGUUCAGAUCUUUGGCAAGUACUUUACCUUUCAGGCACAGAGUCUUCUGAUGGGACUCAGGUUUCCUGUGAUCAAAUUUUGAUGGAGUGAUAUAAUUAGGGGAGUUUGCUAUUUUGCUAUAUCUUGCUGUUUGGUGUUGUGUCAACAGUAGAACACAAGAGUUUUCCGAUGGGACUCACUAAGUUUUUUCUGUGAUCAAAUUUUGAUGGAGCGAUGUAACUAGGGAAGUUGCUAUUUGCUAAAUCUUGAUGUGUGGCGUUGUUUCAACAGUAAAACACAGUUUUUUCCGA